CAGCAUGGAUCUGGUAUGGCACUGGCAGUGGAAAGCCAUUGAAACUUCUUGGAGGGUUCCAACUAGAGAUCCAUGCUACAAACAUCACAGAUUUGAGCUUGCUCUGUACUGUUCCGGAAGGAGGACCCAACACAGACCUUAGAACGAUGCCAGCCUGGUGGUAUUGUGACGGGUUUCCUGAUUGCCCAGCAGGAGCAGAUGAGCAUAACUGUUCAUCACCAUGGUACAACCGAACCUAUUUUCUGAAUUCAACGACUUGCGGUGUUGGGGGAAGCACCCCUGUCUCUGCCAAUCGGAUAGUCGGUGGUACCCCUGCUUUAGCUGGUUCUUGGCCUUGGAUGGUGUCACUCAGAGACAGUAAUAGUGGGGAACACUGGUGUGGCGCCACACUUUUGUCAGAGCACUGGGCUCUCACAGCGGCACACUGCCUCGAGUAUUUUGACUUUGCCGUCCUUGGUGAUGUUCGCCUGGACAUCAGGUCCCCUUACCACGUUGACGUCCCCGUGAAGGAGGUGUACCUCCACAAGGGGUUCAACUUCACCAAGGGAUUCUAUGACCUGGCACUGAUCAGGUUUGUCCGUCCAGUGGAGCUCAAUGACCACAUUGACAUAGCUUGCUUACCUGACCCAGGACUGAGGUUCACCAGGAACGAGUCAUGUUUCAUCACUGGAUGGGGGCAUACGGAAGAAAAUGGGUCUGUAUCCAACAUCCUUCAAGAGGUUGAAGUGCCCAUGCUUGACCCUGCAACUUGCCAGCGACUGGCCCCUGACAAUAUCCAGGUGGCCGGUCAACUGCUAUGUGCUGGCCACCCAGAGGGACGGAUGGACACUUGCCAGGGUGACAGUGGAGGUCCACUGAUGUACCAAACUGACAACGGCCGAUGGACUGUGAUAGGAAUUACCAGCUUUGGUGAUGGCUGUGGCAGGCCACUGGCGCCUGGUUACUACACCGAAGUCGCACCGUUCAUGGACUUCAUCUUGGCCGUAGUGAGCGGAGAGGGCCACCCAAUGGCUAAGAAGAAAGUAAUAUGUGCAUUUUGUUAGAAAUCCUCACCCAGAUUUAGAUGCAUAAACUGGAUUGCUAGAAAAAGCCAGUCAUCUUGAUCUGAUCCCAUACCCGUGAAUAUUUUCCUUUAAAAAGGAACAGAAGACAGCAGGGACAGAAGAGAACUUGUCACUUUGCUUAUUUUUUUUUAUUUAGAAGCUGUGAAGUCUUCCCUUUUUCUUUUCAUUACAGUUCAGUGUGUUUGAGUGCUUUAUGAGCAGAGAAAGCAUAUUUGACUUCCCAAAUUGUGGAUUUAUUGGAAGGAAUAAUUUAUGAUGAUAUUUGGUAAUGUAGUCUUCUCUUCACCCCUCUCCAGACCCCCCGCCCCCCCAAAGUAUCACUUGACAACGAAUGUACUGUGAAACAGGUGGUUUGAAAUAUCCAUUUGAGUGUUGAAUGACCAACUUGGCUUUGUCUACCCAUUUUUUGAAAAGUUGACCUCUCCAAAUUCCCCUUAUUAAGUCCCAGAAUGUUUGUGUCCAUGAUUCUUGCCUGCCAUUUUGCAAACCCAUCCAAGGGCAGACGUACACUGUGGAAACGUGCAUGUUCACUCGGAGUCUGCUACGUCUCCAUCCGUCUAGCCCCCUCUUGUGGCCCAAAGCUGCACUUUAACUUUUUCCGUUUGCUUUGUUCAAGCAUGGUUUACUCAGAGAGCACAUCUUUACGUUUUACUUGAUAAAUUUGCUCAGCAGAUUUGACCUAUUAUUUUGAAGCAUUCUGCUUACGUAUGCUUUGCAGUUUUGUUUUACUUAGUCAGCUAUGUAUCUGUAGUUUUUAUUCCAUGCCAUUUUUCUUAUGCUUACAUAUUAUACAAUUCUGUUAAUGUUAUUUCUUAAAUUACCUCUUCUUUUGUCCUGCUCACUGAUUUCACCAUACGAUUUUGUGGGAAGAAAAGUGGACUUCUUUGCUUUGCAAACUGAAUAUGAUUGUUGUGCUUUUGGUAUAACGACUGGUUCUUUUACACCGACUAAUGUGUAAAUAAUUCACUAAUCAUUUUGAGCGUACUCCAGUGUGUGUACAUAGUGGCAUGUUUAUUUCUUGCAUGUACUGAAAAUAAAUGGAAAGAUUCGAAGUGAUAAA